AGAUUAAUGAACCCUUCAAAAGGUCUGAUUACUCUGUGUCAAAAAUUCAAAACAAAUUUGAAUAAAUUCUGUUAAUCUGUUACAUAUGUUUUAAUCGAGACAUUUGAAUGCAAAAUUAUUAUUAUGAAUUGCAUAAUUCCUGGACAAAAUAUAAAGAUUUUGUCUAAGACAAUAAACGCUCUAGCUAAGAUUGGAGAUGAAAUAUAUUUAGAAGCUGAUUUAGACAAAUUAGAAUUCACAACUCUAAAUAUGAGCAAAACUGUAUGUUCCCAAUCUUCUUUCUUGAAGAGUUUUUUUUCAUCUUAUGAUAUUAAAAUGAACGAUUCUGCAGAUGACAAAACUAUAACUUGCAAAUUAUUUAUGAAGUCGUUAUUGCCUCUAUUCAAAGGAAAUUUGGAAAAAAAGUUGGAAUUUUUGAGAAUAGAGUACGAAACAGAAAGUGAUUUUGUAAUAUUAAAAAUGAAAUAUAAAUAUGAUCAAAUUAUGAUGAUCCAUAAAUUGAGAUUAAUGGAUUCAGAAAAAUUAAGUAUAGGUAUAACACCAAAUAGUGGAAUGAAUAACUUAUAUGGAAGUAGCACUCUUUUCAAUCAACUUCUAAUGAUGUUCAAUUUGAGUGAUAAUGAGAUAACUUUAGAAAUUAUGAAUUCAAGAUUGGUUGCUAGAAAUUAUUGUAUUGGAGCUGCACCUAACCCAAAGUUAAUGCGUGUUGAAGUUAAAUUAAGUGCAGGAGAAUUUAUUAAAUUUGAUGUCGAAAAUGACACGAAUAUCAAUUUUGCUUUGAAGCCUCUGAGGACUGUGAUAAGUUUCGCUGAGAGUUUGAAUUUACAUAUUGGGAUCAAUUUCGACAGUGGGGGGAAGCCCCUUACACUUUUGAUGAAGCAUCCUACUUUCAGUAUACACUUUAUUGUAUCCACUCUGAAUCCAAAUAGAGAUCUACAGUCCAGCAUGGCUUCAACAUCGUUACCACUGACACAAAUUGUUGAUAAUUUAAAUAUAUCAACUGUAGUUCCAUAUGAAAGUCCCAUCAUUAAUACUGAUGAUAAAUUUUCACAAUCUCCAGAAUCACCAAGAAGUAAAAGAGUGAAGUUGGUUUUCAGUAGAUGCUAUGAGCCAACAUUUGUUGAACCAGAUUUGGCAGCUCAAGAAAAUUUAGGGAAUAGCGAUUCUGAAUAAGUUGUACUGCAAUGUAACAAACAAUUGUAAAUAUUCUUUUGAAUGAAAUUAAAAAAUGUUUCAAAUA